ACAAAUCAAAACAACAAUCAAUUUAGAUAGAACAGUAUUAUUUUAUUAUCACUAUUUUCAAAUUUCAAAAUAAAGAUUAAUUUAUUUAAUUUUUUCAAUUCAUUGUUUUUUAUAGGAAAAAAAUUUCAGAAUUAAAAAAUGACAACUUUCCAAACUCAACUUUUUUAUGCUUUAGGAAAUAAAACAAAAAUUCUUUCAGAAUUAAAAAAGGUAUUUGUUCGACCUUUAAUUCAAAUAGCUGUAAAAACAAUAAAUCAAGAGUACAUAGAAGAAGGCAUAUUAGAUAGAAUAAGUCAAAAAUAUAAUGUAUCAGAAGAAAUUGUAGAUGAAUAUUAUUCAAUUAUUUUUACAAUAUUAAAGAUUCAUUUAGGUACAUUAUCACAAAAUGUCAAACUUACAGAAUUUAAACAAAUAUUAGAAGAAUUGAAAUUAUCACCAGAAUGUAUUGAUGAUCUUUCUAUAGUUGUAUAUGGUCAAAAACGGUCAGAAUUAAUAUCAGGAUUAAUACAGAAAACAAAAUUUUAUCCACAUUUAAUAUCUUGUAAGUGGCGCAUAGAUAUUACUAUUUCUUCGAGUGUGUUAAAUAGAGUCUUAGAACCAUAUAUUAUUAUGGAAUGGACAUUUAAUAAUGGAAAGCGUCAAAUAUUUGAAUUAUCUUUGCCAAAGUUUCAUCAAUUAAGACAUGCUAUAGCAACUAUACUUGUAGAAAUGCAAAAAGUUGAAAAACAAUGUGCUGCAAAAAAUAUUAUUUGUAGUUGAUAGUAAUAUAAAUUUUAUUACUGUUACUUUUUUUUAUUUUUAUUUUAUAUAGUAUUGAAUUAGAAAUAACUAAAAAAAUAUAAAAUAUAUAUAAAAAAAAUAUAAAAAUUAUUCUUUUUAAUAAAUAAGUA